AUGGCCGCCCAAGUAUUACCAUCACCAUCCUCGCAAUUCCCACCACCUCAGAUGUCUUAUGGAGAUGAUAUGUUGACGGCUUUCCCCAGUAGGUGGGAUUCUACCAGCUUCCUUUCCACCACUGACUUUCCAUCAGACCUCGAAGACAUGUCUACCGUCCACGCUUCAUACCAUCAGGAUCCUCUACACCAACAGUUACUCAUGGUUUCCCCACAGACCGUCACUUCAGAGAUGGCAUAUCGACGUCGCUCAUCCCACUCUCCCCAGGCGGUACUUGGCAUGGUGCCGUCUCGGGAUCGAACGCCAAUUAGACAUAGUCGGCCAAGUGUGUCACGGAAUCGCAGCCACAGCAGGGGCGACAUGUUGUUGGCGUACGCGGGGGAUCCCAGUCAACUUCAACCGUCGCAGGCUCUUCCCUCCAUGGCAGCGGUGACGUCCCAUCCAGAAGCGUCUAUGCCACACAUGUACAAUAUGCACCAGUACGGGAUAUCGCCCUCCAUGGCGGGAUACCCUCUUCAAAGUGGUUACUUUCCUGGCUCGGUGCCACCGCACACAGGACAACACCCAGGAGACUACCCAAUGGGCCACAAUCAACAGGACAUGCAAGCCUACUACGGCGUGGGGAGGACGUCUCCCCAUGGAUCGGCCAUGAGUCUAUCGGCGCCCGACUCGCCUAGUUCGCUCUACGUUUCAGGACAGGCGUCGCCCAACCAACAGGCAUUGCCGUCAAUAGGGAUGGCGAUGCACCAUUUUCCGCCUGUGCCAUUGACACUCGAGUCGUCCCCGGCCGAGAUCGAGAUCAUGCCGUCGAGACCGAAGCCUCAAUGCUGGGACCACGGUUGCAACGGCCGACAGUUUUCCACUUUCAGCAAUCUCCUCCGACACCAAAGGGAGAAGAGCGGCAGCGCGAUGAAGGCUACUUGUCCACACUGUGGCACCGAGUUUACGAGAACGACGGCGAGGAACGGUCACAUGUCCGGCGGCAAGUGUAAAGGCCGGGCACAUGCUGAGGCCUCGAAUCGGGCAGCCGAAGAGGAAGAAGACUAG